AUGAUCACCAAUGCUGGCAGGGACCUUAUCAUCGAUGUACUGCACCACGCUGCUACGGGAGGAAGCGUGCCAGUGUCGGAGAAGCACUUUGACACCAAUAUCUCUUCUCGCAUCACAUUUCAGCGCAAUGCGCCGCUGACACCUUCCGAAAUUCUGCAACGGCUUUAUGAGGGCUUAGGUUUUCCGCGAGACCUUGUCACGCAGUACCUGACUGACCUCGCUCAGGCGGCCGAGGUGCCCACCUUUGCGGAUGUGACGGAGCUUCUGGACGAGACCGGACCAUUUCAGGCGUUUCUGGUUCACAGCUGCUUUGAGCUCUUUAACUGCAUGACCUGGUUCUUGCGUGAGGAGAGUGACGACAAGGUAAGUCCCGAGGAGGGUGAUGCGAUGCUAGAGAAAGAGAUUGACACGAUUGAGAGUCUCUUUAGUGACAACUUUCUUGGUCGCAAACACUUUGAUGACAAUGACACAAACGACCGCGAGCUGUACUUUAGCUUCCGCACCACUUAUGACAAGCCACUGCUCGUAGUUGUACGCUUUCCCGACUACUACCCAACAGAGACGCCAGUCAUUUACGUGCAGCCUUUUCGCAGUAGUUCAUCCGAGUCCCUGCCGAGCCUUGUUGUGGCGCCAUCGUGCACGAAAGAUAUUUCCGCUGUCGACCGGCGCGCCAUCAUGGAUGCAGCCGUGCAGGCCAUUAACGGGUUUGUGAGUAGCGGGUGUCUGAUGGCGCUUAUCUCGGCCAUUCACGGUGUGGUGUCCUCAUUGGAGGUGAUACGACCGCCCUCGUCGCCGCUGCCGCCGGAUAGGGACGCGAUCGCAAAGGAAAGGUCUGUGGCACAGGAGCAGCGCAAAGCAUUCCUGGGCGUUCUCACCGGCAGCCGUGUGCCCAAUAAAAAGGGCACCGAGACGGCGGCGGACGAGGAGGAAGACCACUUCAUUCAGUUCUCGAUGCCGGAGAGGGUCGAGUUGGCGACCGUCGACGCCGCCAGCGUCAACCAGGAGACGCAGCGCAGCGACUUCUUAGCGUCCGACGCCGCCCUCGAUGCGGUUCUCAAGUCCUCGUGGGAAAAGCUGAAGAGCGGAAGUUCUCUGCGCAAGUCGCGCGACUCGCUCCCGGCACACAAAGUACGUGAAACGCUGCGGGCGGCGUUACAGAAGCACAACGUUGUUGUUAUUGGUGGUGAGACUGGUAGCGGUAAAACAACUCAAAUUCCGCAAUUCCUAUACGAGUUCAUGUGCGAAGAAGGAAACGGCAGCUCGGCUAAUAUUGUGUGCACACAGCCCCGUCGUCUCGCUGCCACCUCCGUCGCCUUGCGCGUCGCUGAAGAGCGCGACGAGGCGGUUGGUGGUACGGUCGGCUACUCGAUUCGCCUAGAGAACUGUGUGUCGAAGAAGACGCAGAUCACCUACUGCACCACCGGUAUUGUGCUGCGGCGGCUACAAACAGACAAAUACCUCGGUCGCGUCAGCCAUGUGGUCGUGGAUGAAAUCCACGAGCGGGGUGUAGACACCGACUUCCUGCUUAUCCUGCUGCGCGACCUGGUGCGGCGACGACAGGAUCUGAAGGUGGUGUUGAUGAGCGCCACGAUGGACUCCGAGCUUUUUGCGCGGUACUUCGAUGGUGCUCCGGUCAUCUUCAUCGAAGGACGCACGUUUCCGGUAAAGGUGAUGCACCUGGAGCAGAUUAUCCCUGAGGUCAACUACACCCUUGAGGAGGGCUCGCCGUUUGAGAGGAUUAGAGGAGACAAGGAGACGCGACGGCGUAACACGCGGAAGAAUGUGCUGAGCCUCGACUUGGAGGAUGUGGAGGAGGACGUGGAGCGGGAGAAGGCGCAGCAGAAGCUUGCACGAGUGGUGCAAGCAUCGCCCAAGACACUCGACACGCUUGCACGCAUGAACUAUGACGUGAUCAACUACGAGCUGAUUGAAUCCAUUGUGGAGUACAUCGACACCGCGCUGCGUGUACCAGGUGCAGUGCUCGUGUUUCUCCCCGGCAUGGCGGAAAUCCAGCGAUGCCUAGAGCAGCUCAAGCUCAACCCCCGCCUCGCCAAGUCGUGCCUUUUCUACAACCUGCACAGCUCGCUCGGGUCAUCAGAGCAGCAAGGGGUAUUUUGCCGGCCACCAGCUGGUAAGCGCAAGGUGAUUCUGGGCACCAACAUAAUGGAAACUUCCAUCACCAUCGACGACGCUGUCUACGUCAUCGACACCGGCAAGGCAAAGGAGAACCGCUACAACGCUCGCAAAAGCCUGUCCGAACUUGUCACGGUGAACAUCUCGAAGGCGAACUGCCGACAACGACAGGGUCGAGCGGGCCGUGUGCAGGAGGGCUUCUGCUUUCGCCUCUUUACCGAGGCGCAGUUCGAGGCCUUCGAGGAUCACCAGCUUUGUGAGAUGCACCGCGUGCCGCUGGAAAGUCUCAUUUUGCAGAUUUACGCCCUUCACCUAGGUGACGAGGUCGAAUACCUGCGGAAGGCGCUGACCCCGCCCGAGGAGCGUUCGAUCCACAGCAGCGUCAAAGUGCUGACAACGCUUGGCGCGCUGACGGUGGAAAAGCGGCUCACCUCUCUUGGACAGCACCUCGCCAACCUUCCCCUCGACGUGCGUGUGGGCAAAAUGAUCAUUCACGGUGCGCUACUGCAGUGCAUCGAUCCUGUGCUCACCAUGGCCGCUUGCCUCGCCACAAGGUCACCCUUCAUUGCAUCUGCUGACUUUCGCACUGAGGUGGAGAAUAUGCGGCGCGCAUUCGCGGGGGAGACGCUUUCGGACCAACUCUCCGCGUGGUUCGCUUACAAUAAGUGGGUAUCGGCCCUGCAACAAAAGGGUACCGCUGCUGCACGCAAGGUGUGUGAGGACCACUACUUGUCACCUGCCACACUGAAACAGAUCGAGUCUACGAAGCGCCAGUAUGAGCGCUACCUGUACGAGGCCGGCUUCCUGGACAAUGCACCGCGCUCACGUAUGUCAACCACAAAGUUUAUCUUCCCGCCUUUCACAACGCUCGAUGGUCGCGUAUUUGAGGCGGGAGGACCGAAGUUAAACGAGAAUUCUACCAGCACGCGGUGCAUCUUGGCGUGCCUGGUCGCCGGCCUAUACCCCAAUAUCGCACAGAUGCGGAUGACACGCGGGCAUCGCAGGGGCGAAGGCGGCAGCUACGGUGGAAAGCACACUGUGAAGUUCUCCACCUUUGACGGGUCAGAGUGUCUGGUGCAUCCCUCUAGUGUGGCGGGCAAAGAGGUGUCGUUUGCAUCGCCAUUGCUCGUGUACGUGGACAAGGUGAAGACGUCGGCAACGUUCUUGCGCGAGGUGUCGAUGGUGGCACCGCUGCACGUCAUCUUGUUUGGCAGCGGUAAGCUUGAGUACCUUGCAAAGUACGAGGAGCUCUGCGUGGACGAAAUGACUGCAUUCAAGUGUCGCCAGGACGAUGCGACGUUGCUGACGCAUCUUAAGACGCAGCUGGACUCUGCUUUGACGCAGAAGAUCAAUGAUCCGUCGAAAACAUGGGAAUCGAUCAGUAGUGUGGUCGUCCGUGCCAUUGUGAAGCUCCUCAAAGAAGACGGCGGGCGGGCGGGCGGCCUCACGAUUAUCGACCGCCGACAGCAGCGGGCGCUGUUGACCGAGUGGCUCGUGCCGGAGGCUGAGGUGGCGGCUUCCCCUGUUGUUCCUGCGGACCAGCCCUUCAAGACGAACAAGUUGUGCUUUCUGUGUGGUGAGACCGGACACGUGUCGCGGUACUGUCCGCACAACAGCACACAUCACAAGAAUGGUCCACCAGUUCGCUGCUUCAUUUGCGGCCAGUGGCACUUUCCGCAGGAUUGCACACUGGUGAAGGCACUGAAGCGGUAG